AUGUGUGCAGUGAACCUAUCCGCCGCGCGGAACAACACCAGAAUUGAUUGUUCCACCAUCGGCGGCGAGGUCCUUAACUCCGAGCUCGUCGCAGCUGAGAAAUUCCACGAACUGGAUAUCGACGCCUUCAUGCAGCGUAACGGUCGCGAGCAGCGCGAGCACGAGAUCUUCGAAUGUGCCCGGGCUUUGAGGCGUGAGCUGGGCUUUGCGAAGGUUGGAGCCGUUGGCUAUUGUUAUGGUGGGUGGGCUUCGUUUCGUUUGGGGGCGAGGGAGCAUAGGCUCGAGGGGGGUGGGCGGUUGGUGGAUUGUAUUUCUGUUGGGCAUCCAUCGCUUUUAAGCCGCAGGGAUGUUGAUGAGGUGGAUGUUCCGGUGCAGGUUUUGGCGCCUGAGGUUGAUUUGGCAUUUGAUGUGGAGUUUAAGAGGUAUGCUUUUGAGACGCUCUUGGGGUUGAAUGUCGCGUUUGAGUAUCGCCAUUUUCCGAGGGUGGGGCAUGGUUGUCUUGCGCGGGGGAUGGGGAGAGGGAGGCGAUGGUGGGGGAAAUGGAUGCGGUUGUUGCGUGGUUUGGACGGUGGUUGA